GAUUUCAAACGAAUAAUUGAAUAAAUUAACAGGAUGAUAAAUUGGCAUUAGCUUUAACUGGUGGUUUUAUUUUUAUUUUUUUCAAUUUUCUUUCUCUUUCAUAUUUCUCUAGUUGUGCACCUGUCCCUGAAAAUGAUGGUUAAACAGUGGAAAAGACGACCUCGACCUGCAGGGAUGGGAAGUGCAGCAGGGGAAGAAAUGUCUCUCUCUCUCUCUACCUCUGUCUCUCUCUCUCUACCUCUGUCUUUCUCUCUUUCUACCUCUCUCCGUCCCUCUCUCUCUUUUUCCCUUGCUCUCUCACUCUUCCCACUGAGCCAAUCAGGGCGCAGUGACGCUGCACAGAGGCAGGCUGUCCUCCGCUCCAUAACUGUACCAUCGUAUUUAACACACCCACCUCUCACAUCCACGCAUGUUACAGGAGGAGCGUUGCACUCUGCACUCCUGCUGCUUCUCCUGCAGGAGGAUCGCGGUCUCCUGGAGCCUGAGCGCCUCCUCUUUUCCUCUUGUUUACUGAUCCCGUCGCUCGGCGGCCGAUUAAACUGGAUCAGGUCGGAGAGAAUCUUACGCACCGGGUCUUGAUCAGGAUCGGGAUUAGAAGGUGGGGGAGAGCAGCGCACGGUUGACUUUCAGGGACCUCCCCCGUCUUUUACACAACAACUUUUAAGGGUAAAUACCUGGACUUGCUCCUGGAGGUCGGGCUGCACUCUGGCACAGUUGCGCACGCUUCCCAGAGCCUCCAGGACGCAGACGUUUCAUGGAUCGGUCCGCUGCGGUGGCUUUUCUGGGAUGUUUUAACAGACAUUCCUGGCGGUGGAGUGGAGGAGCAGAGCACAGCGGAGAAUGCGGCUUCGUUGCGCAAAUCUGAGGCAACACGACUUGAUUUACCUGGACACUCUGCGGACCUUUCUGUGCGUCUUUUUCUCCUCCUUCUCCUUCUGAAACCCUCGCAGCCUCCACACCAGCCGAACGCUGAAUCCUUCACUCAAGACGGCCAGUGAAGAUGGCUCCUACGUCUUCAACGUCUACUUCGUCCGCCUGGCGUCCAGUCUGAUCAACAUCGUCAGCGAUGUAGUCAGCCUCUUCAUCUGCGUGCUCAUCAUCUGCAGCAAGUACUCACAUCUGCUCAAGAGGGAGACCAUGAAGAUGAUUCUGCUGCGUAAAUUCCGGGUCCUGAUCCUCAUGGUGUUCCUGGUCGCCUGCUCCAUGCACAUCAUGAUAGACUUACUCCCAAAGCUGGAGCGGCACAGUAGCGGUGCAAGCAUCAGGAGCGGGGGAGGUGGAGGAGGUACAGGGGGUGGAGGAGGUGGUGGAGGCUGCUCCUGUGCCCACACGCCCAGCCAGGAGCCUCAGAGCUGGGGGAAACAGGGCUGGCCCAACAAGCACACCCUGAGGAUCCUGCAGGAUUUCAGCAACGAGCCCAGCUCCAACGUGUCCUCCCACUCCCUGGAGAGGAUCCCUGUGAUGGGAGACAGGACGCAGGGUGUCCGGAGGCUGGUUCUGGAUCAGCAGCAGCAGCAGCAGCAGCAGCAGCAGGAGAGGAAUAAGAAGCAGUUCAUCCAGGACUCCACGGGGAGCAGGAGCAUGGUUAAAGGUUCAAGGUUGAUGGCUCUGUAUGAGCAUCCCCUGUAUAAGAGAUUUUUACCUCCACUGACUGAUGAAGACACGCUCUUCAACGUCAACACCGACAUCAGAUUUGACCCCAAGGCAGCUGAGGAGCAGACAUGGGAUCCUGAAGGCACCGUGGAUGAGUUCGGCCCCACGGGGGAGCUGACGGCUGAAUCCUACCCUAACUGGCUGCGCUUCCACAUUGGGAUUAAUCGAUACGAGCUCUACUCCAGACACAAUCCCGUCAUCGAUGCCCUACUGAAGGACCUGGUGACCCAGAGGAUCACCAGCGUGGCCAUGAAGUCUGGAGGAACUCAGCUGAAGCUCAUCAUGACCUUCCAGAAUUACGGCCAGGCUCUCUUCAAACCCAUGAAGCAGACCCGGGAGCAGGAAACCCCUCCAGACUUCUUCUACUUCUCCGACUUUGAACGACACAAUGCUGAGAUUGCUGCCUUCCAUCUGGACAAGAUCCUGGACUUUCGCCGAGUCCCUCCUGUUGCUGGUAGACUUGUCAACAUGACCAAAGAGAUCAGAGAUGUCACCAGAGACAAGAAGCUGUGGAGGACCUUCUUUAUUUCACCAGCCAACAACGUGUGUUUCUACGGCGAAUGUUCCUAUUACUGCUCCACUGAACACGCUCUGUGUGGAAAACCCGACCAGAUCGAAGGAUCUCUGGCUGCUUUCCUCCCUGACUUGGCUCUGGCCAAACGCAAAACCUGGAGGAACCCGUGGAGGCGCUCUUACCACAAACGCAAGAAGGCUGAAUGGGAGGUGGACCCAGAUUAUUGUGAGGAGGUCAAACAAACUCCACCCUACGACAGUGGCAGAAGACUUCUGGACAUCAUGGACAUGACCAUCUUUGACUUCCUCAUGGGGAACAUGGAUCGUCACCAUUAUGAGACGUUUGAAAAGUUUGGAAACGAGACGUUCAUCAUCCACCUGGACAACGGCCGAGGUUUUGGGAAGCAUUCCCAUGAUGAGCUGUCCAUUCUGGUUCCACUGACCCAGUGCUGCAGGGUCAGAAAGUCCACCCACCUGCGUCUGCAGCUUCUGGCCAAAGAAGAAUAUCAACUGUCCAGUCUGAUGGCCGAGUCUCUGGUCAGAGACCGCCUCAGUCCCAUCCUAAUCCAGCCUCAUCUGGACGCCAUGGACCGACGUCUGCGACAGGUCCUGAAGGUGGUGUCAGGGUGCAUUGAAAAGGAAGGAUACAGUUACGUGGUGGAGGACGACCUCCAGCCGGACCACGGUCACAGCGGGCCACGACGGAGGUAGCUGUCCGUGGAGGGUCUCCGGCAGCCGGCCACAUGAGAAUUCCCUGGAGCCAGAAGACUGGACUGAGCAGUGUCCAGUCUGUGGAACUCUUAAACCUCCUCACAUGGAGUCAUGUUGGGACAAACCCGAGAACCUGAGGUGAACGCUGCCUGGACGUAGAGACCUGCUGGACCUGACUGGACCUAAUGGACACGAACCUGCAGAGACAAACAGGUGAUGUUGGACAGAUCUGGACCACCUUCACACCACCAUCAUCAUCAUCUUCAUCACCUGGACUGUGUAGAACCCUCUGAUGGCAGACAGUAGUGUAGGAUAGACGGAUGACCUCUGACCUGCCACAGCACACGUCUCACACUGAGACCCUUUCUCUGUCCUUAUUUCUUUCUUCUCUGUCUUCUUCUUUAAGGACGUGUUUAUUUCUUUCAGUUUGUGGAUUCGGAGGGACAUCUGGAGAAUUUUCCUGACGACAAACUCACUUCUGUGUGUAGCGUUGGUAAAAGUGGUUCAGCCGAAAAGAAAGAAGAAACCGACUUCCUGUUGUCCAGACUGACGUUUUGUUGCUUUGUUCUUUUUUAUAUAAAUAUUAUGUGUCACUGAGUUGUGUUCAGCUCGUAUCACGGCUAUUCCAGAUGAAAAUAUUUUAGAUUGGAGUGCAGGUUUACUCCUGGAUUUAUUUGUCAAAACCUUUGUUCUUGUCCAGUAAAUGACCUCUAAAGAUUAUUUAUUGAAAUAAAAAAAAACAUAUAUUUAUUGUUUCACAUGAAAACUAACAUUACUUCACCUUUUCUUUUAAAAAGAUCCAUGAGAGAAUAGCACUUCAGAAUCUAACCACCAGAGGGCAAAUUGAGCAUACUGGAAAACAGCAGUCGCACUCGAACGUUUAAACUGGGGCCUGUUUUUUUUUUCUUUAACUAUUUUUAGUUUUGAUUAACAUUGUCUUCAUUGUUUUUUUAAUGACAUGUUUUUAUAUUAUUUUAUGUUUUUAUGUUCUUGAUAAAGAGUUGCACUUCUGAAAUUAGUCUCUGGAAGAAAAACCAAAUAUUUUCUUUUUUUUACUUUUAUUCCUUCAUCUCACUUUUCUGUUACAAGAGCCUUUGGGUUGACAUGACACAGCUGCUGUUUUAAAACCAGAGGGCAGACAAAGGUUUGCUUAUUUGUAUCUUUUUGUCUUUUCGAUUUAUUUUUGUUGCUUUUUAUUAUAUUUCCAUCCUUCCAUAUCCAAAAAGAAGCUGACAAAUGAGAUGCACUUACAAAAUUGACCACAGGAGGGCACAGAUGGACAUAGAAAUCCAGGUAGAUCCCUCGUUAAACAUGAUUUACUUGUUAUUUAAUAUGUUUUUAGUUUUUUUUCUGUGAUGUAUUUAGUUUUCCUUCAUUUAUUUAUUUUUACUUUUACAAGUAUCAUUCCAGUUGACAUCAUAGAAUUAUACGUUUUUUGCACAGGAGGUCAAAGCAGUUGUUGAAAGCAUCUGUGCAUUUUUAAGGUUCAAGUUUUAAAAAGAAAAUAAUCAGUUUUAUCUCUAAUUUAAUAACUCUAAUUUAAUAUCUCUAAUUUGUCUUUGAUAUUUAUUUACCAACAUUCAGCCCAAUUCUUUUUUGUUCAGUAUAACAGUUUAGUAUCAUAAGACCAGGAGCAAAAUGUGACAUAAUUUUUAUGUGUUUUAAUUUUUUUAUCUGUAACGUAUUUGAUGUGCAUGUGUUGCUGUUGCGUAAAAAAUGUAUUUUUUAAUUAUUUUAUAUUUCUUUCUUAUUUUCAAGAUGUAAAUUUCAUUGGUCGACAUUAACAACAAAGAGCCGUGGGCUGAUGUGUCGGUGUUUAAGGCUCUACAGGCUGAAAAAAAUUAAUAUAUACAGUAGGAAAUUAAAAAAACAAAAAACAAAUCUAGUGCCUGUGCAAUGAUAGAAAUACUUGAAUGUUUGGAUUCCAGAUACAAGGCAGAGACACAUUGUAAAGAGUGAGUGAGUGAGUGAGUGAGUGAGUGAGUGAGUGGGAUAGAUUCCAGUCCAGUGUCAGUUGGUACGGCUCAUGUGGACGUGUGGUCCACGGAGGACGUGUUAGAUGAUGAUGAUGAUGGUGAUGAUGAUGAUGACAUAAACCAUGUGUUCCUAAAGUGAAUACACUUCUCUUUUUUCAAAUCAUCUCAUCAUUUCUGUGGAUUUUAUUGUUUGUUCCUUUGCAUCAUGGUUAAAAGUGCAAUAAAAGGAAAUAAGCAGUA